AAUGGAUGGGAAUUGAUUUCAGGUUUAGUUAUAGUAGAACAUUUUAUUGAGAACUGGCACCAGUUGCUGGAAUAUUUGUUGAAGCAUGAUUUCUGUCAGAAGUUCACUUGGAUUAGCACUCAUCCUAUUCACAUUUGCAUCAGUUAUAGCACAACAGGAUAGAGAACAACGAUUCUUAUCGAAAGGAGUUACAGGACUGGCAAGCUACUUUUACCCGGUGGCCAGUAAACUGUUCUACCAGCCAGCAGCCGUGGGAAACCAUUGUGGCCACCCGGACAAUUGCCCAAUUCACCACUGCAGGGUUGACGACACUGUCAUUCUAGGAUUUUGCUGCGGUUGUGCAAGGGUCUCCGAUAGUGUUCCAGUGAGAUGUCCUCCAUUCCUGACCUGCCCACCCACUCCACAACCACUCUGCUCGCAAUAUGACUGGAUGAUGGAUUGCUGUUGUUAAUCUAGAAUUUUAUAUCAAUAUAAUAAUGAAGAUUUCAAUUGAAAUUCCAAUUUGAUCCCUUUGUAUAAAUAGUAGAGCCACUCGACUGACAUUAAAGGCUGUGCAAAGGCUAAAAAUAAAAUUUCUACUGGUGAUAUUUUUCAAAGUUUUUUGAUUUGUAUAUCAUCAAACUAUCAAAAUAAAAAAGUUUUUUCAGUAAAACAUUUUUUGUCCGAUCAUUGCUUUUUGAGAUAUGAGCGCCUAAACUUCAAAUUUUUGGGACAAAAAAUUUCAAAUUCGGUAAGAGAUAUAUCCAUGAUAUUCAGAGGAUAAAUUCUUCAUGGUAUUGUUGAUUUAUUAAAACAAAAAUGUUUUGUAAUAUUAAUUUUUGAGAAAGUUAUUCAAUUUACUAAAAAUGACCAAAAAUAACUCAAAAAAGUUAUUUUUGGUAAAUUCAAUAACUUUUAUCAAAAAUUGAUAAUUUCAGGAAAUUUUUGUUUUAUUCAAUCAUCAAUACCAUGAAGAAUUUAUCCACUAAAUCUCAUGGAUUUAUUUCUUACCGAAUUUGAAAUGUUCUGUCCCAAAAAUUUGAACUUUAGGCGCUCAUAUCUCAAAAAGUAAUGAUCGAAAAAAAAUGUUUUCCUGAGAAAACUUUAUCAUUUUGAUAGCUUGAUGAUAUACAAAUCGAAAAACCAUGAAAAAUAUCACCAGUAGAAAGUUUAUUCUUAGCCUUUGCACAGCCUUAAACCGCUGCAGUUUCAAGCUUUUUAAUGAAUGAAAACUCAUAUAUAAAUAGUCAACCACUUUUCUAUUUGUGUUUUCAAUUAUGGAAAAAUACACACAACAAAACUGUAAUCUUUUCAAUAGAAUUUGUUGAAUAUGCAUUAACAUUGUGAAACUUCUGCUGAUCUUGAAGAUAAAAAUGAACUACAGCUGAAAAUGUAUUGGUUUCAACACUGCAGUUAUAUCAAUAAAUUAAUGUGGAUUUUACUAGAAAUUAAAUAGUGUUUUUUUAGUUCAAGCUUUUUCUUCGACUGAACCAUCAGUA